AGGAUCUGUGUUAUUGAUUAACAAUGAGGUCUCUGAUGAUGGUUAAGCGACACGAGAUGAGGUGUUUCCUGGUAGCUUAUUUAAAGAUGAUUUACACUUCAGUUUGAUACUUUCCAGAGGGUCAUACACAACACCAGACUGUUUCAGACAAGCAUUCAAAGCACCAUGUCCUCUCGGUCUAUAACUAUAGUGUCUUAUGGACGGAGCACAGGGCUCCGCUACAAUGGGUUGAGGAUGCAUGGCACGCAGCUCUCCUCACAGCCCAAACUCCUGCAGGAGGAGGACAGGGAGUCUGGCAUGGGCUCCAGCCUUGAUCUCAGCAGCAGUUUUGAGGGCUACAGCCAACAUACCAAUCAUCCCUUCAGCAAACCUUCACUCAGGGAGGCAGACAGACUCCCUAAAGAGAAAGCAGAUAGCUCUCCAGAGCCGACAGCAGUGAGUCCGAACAAGAUCAAACAGCUCCUUAUCAAUUUAUCCAAAAUGCCUCUCCUCCUCAUCCUCCUCUUCUUCUUUGUUUGCUCCUUGGACACUCUGAGCUCUGCCUUCCAGUUAGCAGGGGGUAAAGUGGCAGGGGACAUUUUCCAGGACAAUGCGGUGCUGUCUAACCCUGUGGCAGGACUGGUGGUGGGGAUCUUAGUUACUGUGCUAGUCCAGAGCUCAUCCACCUCCACAUCCAUUGUCGUCAGUCUGGUGGCCUCUGGACUGCUAGAAGUGAGGUCAGCUGUUCCAAUCAUCAUGGGGACCAAUAUUGGGACUUCAGUCACAAACACCAUUGUGGCAAUGAUGCAAGCAGCAGAGAGGAGCGAGUUUCAACGUGCCUUUGCUGGGGCAACAAUCCACGACUGCUUCAACUGGCUGUCGGUGCUGGUUCUGCUGCCGCUGGAGGUGGCGAGUGGCCUCAUGGCCCGGCUGUCACACAUGCUGGUCACCAGCUUCAAGCUGCAACCAGGGGAAGAAGCACCUGAGCUGCUCAAAGUCAUCACCGAGCCAGUCACCAAGCUCAUCAUACAGCUGGACAAGUGUGUGAUCACAGGCAUCGCCAUGGGAAAUCAGGACAUGAGGAACAGAAGCCUGGUGAAAGAAUGGUGCCAGACUGACCUUGUUAUGUCCACUGGCAAUGUGAGCACUGGAAACUGUGGCCCCAGUCAUGACUCGUCCCAGUUGUCACUGAAGUGUAGGCAUUUGUUUGUGUCUACCGGGCUGUCAGACCUCACGGUGGGCCUGAUUCUCCUGGCAGGCUCUCUGGCUGUCCUCUGCACCUGUCUGCUGCUUCUGGUCAAGCUGCUCAACUCUCUUCUUAAAGGCCAAGUCGCAAAGGUUAUCCAUAAAGUCAUCAACACAGACCUGCCAUAUCCGUGUGGGUGGCUGUCAGGAUACAUGGCCAUGUUCGUGGGUGCAGGGGUAACAUUUGUGGUCCAGAGCAGCUCUGUCUUUACUUCAACCAUGACUCCCCUGAUAGGUAUUGGUGUGAUCAGCCUGGAGCGGGCCUAUCCUCUCACCCUCGGGUCCAACAUUGGCACCACUGCCACAGCCCUGCUGGCAGCUCUGGCCAGUCCUGGGAACAAGCUAGCAGCGGCCAUACAAAUUGCUCUGUGUCACCUCUUCUUCAACGUCUUUGGCAUUCUGCUGUGGUAUCCUUUCCCCUUCACGCGCCUGCCGAUAAGAAUGGCUCGUGUCCUGGGUGAGCGCACUGCAAAGUACCGCUGGUUUGCAGUCUUGUACCUUCUCCUUUGCUUCUUGCUGUUGCCCUCGCUGGUGCUGGGCCUCUCGCUGGCAGGCUGGCGGGUGAUGGCUGGCGUUGGGGCUCCUUUCCUGGGGGUGACCAUCUUCAUCACCUUGGUAAAUGUGAUGCAGGCUCAUAGUCCUCGCCACCUGCCCGCUAAGCUCCAGAGCUGGGACUUCCUGCCCCAGUGGAUGCACUCUCUCAAACCGCUCGACCGCCUCAUCACCAAGGCAACUGUCUGCUGCAGCUCUGCAAGCGAGGAGGAGCAGGGAGAAGAAGAAGAGGAGCAUAUAUCGACACAGACGACCUCUGUCAACACGCAGAAAGAGCCUGCCCAGAGGAAGGCACAGCUGGCUUAUGACAACCCAGUCCUGGACUUCCUGGAUGAGAGCAGACCAGGUGUGAGGGUGCUUAAAUUAAAAGGGUUAGAGAGGUGCAACAGCACUCCACUGUAGUCAAACAACUUUUAUACUGCAUGUUGUAUAUAAUAUUGUGGUGAUAGUUGGAAUUGAGAAAAGCCAUUUUAUAAUGCUUUGAAAAUAACCCCUAUUUUGAUUAUGAAUUGAUUGAUAAUCAGAAGAUCCUCACAAAACUAGGCUACAUAUCAUGAACACAGCAUGAGAUUUCCAUCCAUGUUUAAUUUCCAUCCAGCUGAGCAAGCUUCACCUGCUGAUGAAGAUCAUAUGAUAUGAUCAAAGAACCGAAAGAACCAAAGAACAGAACAGCUACUUAAUGCAUUUUUUGUCACCUGUUGUCGAGAUAAAUAAUGAACUUUCAAAUUCAAUUAAUGAUAUAUAAACAGCAUGAUUUAGGAACUGCAUUAAAGGUACACUGAGGGGGUUUUGACCACUAGUGGUGCUAUGGAGCAAUGUUUUUAUAAGAGAGGCCCCAUAUUGUUUGUGCACAUGCAAGCAUGCAUUCCUGCUUUUGGUUUCAAGCCAUUUAGCUGAUUUGCCAAAAAAAAAGGUAGCAAUGCAACGACAAA